AUGCUAAAUCCUAUUAAUUCCGAAAUCCUAAGCCCCAAAAUUUCAGGUUUAUUGGUGCUUUGCUGGCCCAUUGCUUGGCCCAUUUCCAAGCUUCUGGAUUGCGUCCUCGGCCACGACGAAGGACACUUUUUCGCGGGUGCGGAGAUGGCCGCAGCACUGGACAUCCAUCGGGAGAGGGGUCACCUCUCCCGUGAGGAG